GCGGAAGUGAAGCGCGUUGCUAUGGGCUGCUGUUGUUGUGAUGCUGUCAGAUCAUCUGAAUAAAGCAGCGUUCAGGAUGAAGCUGUGAUUGAGUGUGUGUGAUGUGAUGGCUGGGAAGGUGAAGUGGGUGACGGACAUCGAGAAAUCGGUGCUGAUCAAUAACUUUGAGAAGAGAGGAUGGAUCCAGGUGACGGAUAGCGACGACUGGAACUUCUACUGGAUGAGCAUCCAGACCAUCCGUAACGUGUUCAGCGUGGACACCGGCUACCGUCUGUCCGACGACCAGAUGGUCAAUCACUUCCCCAACCACUAUGAGUUGACCAGGAAGGACCUGAUGAUCAAGAACAUCAAGCGCUACAGGAAGGAGCUGGAGAAGGAGGCCAGUCCCUUAGCCGAGAAGGACGAGAACGGGAAAUACCUUUACCUGGAUUUCGUGCCGGUGACGUUCAUGCUGCCGGCCGACUACAACCUGUUCGUGGAGGAGUUUCGCAAGAGUCCAUCCAGCACGUGGAUCAUGAAGCCAUGCGGGAAGGCACAGGGCAAAGGCAUCUUUCUUAUCAACAAGCUCUCUCAGAUCAAGAAAUGGUCUCGCGACAGCCGCACGUCCACGUUUGUGGCGGCCAACAGCGGGAAGGAGGCCUACGUCAUCUCCCUGUACAUCGAUAACCCGCUGCUGAUCGGAGGGAAGAAGUUCGACCUGCGGCUCUAUGUGCUGGUCACCAGCUACAGGCCGCUCAAGUGCUACAUGUACAAACUGGGGUUUUGUCGUUUCUGCACGGUCAAAUACACCCCGAGCACCAGUGAGCUUGACAACAUGUUCGUGCACCUCACCAACGUGGCCAUUCAGAAACAUGGCGACGACUAUAAUCACGUCCACGGCGGGAAGUGGACGGUCAGUAACCUGCGUCUGUAUCUGGAGAGCACCCGAGGACGGGACGUCACCAAUCACCUGUUUGAUCAGAUCCACUGGAUCAUCGUUCAGUCCCUCAAAGCUGUGGCUCCCGUCAUGAAUAACGACAAGCACUGCUUCGAGUGUUACGGUUACGACAUCAUCAUUGACGACAAACUCAAGCCGUGGCUGAUCGAGGUGAAUGCGUCUCCUUCGCUCACCUCUAGCACAGCGAACGACCGCAUCCUGAAGUACAAUCUGAUCAACGACACGCUGAACAUCGUCACACCAAACGCAGAGAUCCCAGACUGCCGCUGGAACCGCAGUCUGCCCAAAGAGGCUCUGGGACACUACCAAGUGCUUUACGAUGAGGAGCAGGCUCUGAGCGAGAGCGCCGAACGGGACCUCAGGAGCCGCUCGGGUCAGCCGCUGGGGUCAAAGGGCAGCCGGUCGAGCAGCGUUAGGCCCUUCCCCGCCACCUGGAAGUGAGCUCACGCUCUCAUCAGGAGAACUGAGCGAUGAUGACGGCAUCCUGCAUGAUACGGACGAGUCUGCAUGAGCAUAUGAGUAUAUCUGAAAAACAGGACUGAUGCAGAAAAAAACACUUCACAGCUAAACUGCUUCACUGAAUGCUCCCUAAACACUGACAUUCUGAGAUGCUUGAAUGUCUCUUUCUCAAGCAGAAUCACACAGUUAAUAUGAGAAAGUGAGGUGUGUAUGUGUCAGUCGUGUGUGUGUGAGAGCACAGGUGCCGUCAGUGGAUUAAACACACUUCUGCUGAAACAUGAGCUCGACUCUAAUUCAGGACUGGAGUGAGAAACGCCUGAAAUAGCCGUAUGAGACACACAUGUGCGGUUUCUGCAGCUGCGCUCAACCCUCACUGUUGCACAUCUGAAGAAUACACAGAAAGAGAAGAUCAUGUGCUGCUUAAUCUAUGCAUAGUUUAUACACACACGCACACUACAAAUCAAAUCAAAUCACCUUUAUGUAUAUACUGCCUUUAACAAUACAGAAUUGUGACAAGGCGGCUGUACAGUAUUAAAUAGGAAACACUACAUAAACAAUGCCAAGGGCAACAGUAAACACUCAAUUUUCAAGUAAAGGUAGUUAAUCAAAUACAACAAAAUAAAAUACAAUAUUGUGUGAAGAUAAAGUGAAGAUAAUGUGUCCCCAACUAAGCAAGCCAGAGGCGACAGCGGCAAGGAACCAAAACUCCAUCGGUGACAAAUGGAGAAAAAAAACCUUGGCACUACAGGCGACACUGGGGCAAGUUGUCACAGCAUCUUUGUCUCAUGAUGUUUGCAGUGUUCAUUUUAACUUAUGUCUGUAAUAUCUGUUGAGUAGCACAUAAACACAACUAACCCUGUAUAUAGUGAGACAACAUGCCCCUAUGUUGGACGUGUGGUGUGUUACUUUAUGUAUUUAUUUAUUUAUUCUGUGCAAUGACAGUGGAAAUUGACUUUAAAAACUAUUCCCAAGUGAGAUUUAUUUUCAAUGCAUCGUUUCUGUUAAUAUUUACAAAUAUUUUAAAGCCUUUAGUCGGAUUUAGCAGAUUAGAGCUGUGCUGAUAUAGAUUUUGCGAUGAAGUUGUUGUAUGUAGUAGAGAAUAUGUUAUUUAUUUCAAUGAAAAUACAAACCCUUAAUGUCACCGAGAUAUAUGUGUCCCUGGACAACAAAACCAGUCUUAAGUCGCUGGGGUUUAUUUGUAGCAAUAGCCAAAAAUACACUGUAUGGGUCAAAAUUAUUGAUUUUUCUUUUAAGGCAAAAAUCAUUAGGAAAUUAAGUAAAGAUCAUGUUCCAUGAAGAUAUUUUGUGAAAUUCUUACUGUAAAUAUAUGAAAACUUAAUUUCUGAUUAGUAAUAUACGUUGUUAGGAACUUCAUUUGGACACUUUAAAGGCAAUUUUCUAAAUAUUUUGAUUUGUUUGCACCCUUAGAUUCCAGGUUUUCAAAUAGUUGUAUCUCGACCAAAUAUUGUCCUAUCCUAACAAACCAUACAUCAAUGGAAAGCUUAUUUAUUCAGAUUUCAGAUGAUGUGUAAAUCUCAAUUUUGAAAAAUUGACCCUUAUGACUGGUUUUGUGAUCCAGGGUCACAUAUUUUAUCUCUAAUUAUUUUAUAUGCAUAAUGUGUGUGACGUAAACUACACUGUAAACUUAUUCCAGGAAAUAAAAUCGUUGACUAUGCUCG